UUCGUGAAGUCGCUCUUUGCCAAGACGUCGAGACAGAGUCGAUGAGGACAAGUUGUUGGUUCAUGGGCUAAAAGCUGGACCCCGAGACGCGGCAGCCGGCCGAGCUCAGGCACGGGCCACCGGCUGGAGCUUGAUCGGAUUUGUAGGGCCGGACCGGCGAUUCUCGUCUUUCCCUUCUUCUCCCUCCUCAGAUGUGCAAUCCGAGGCCAAAGAACAUCAAGCUCGUCCUCUUUGACAUCGGCGGUGUCGUCGUCGGAUCACCAAUAGCAGGCGUUCACAUUUACGAGCGGCAAUAUGGCCUGCCAUUCAACUAUCUCAAUGUAGCGAUCACGGCUCGAGGACGACAGGGAGCUUUCCAGCGGCUAGAGAGGAGUGAGAUCGACCUGUGGACUUUCUACCAUCAAUUUGGGGAGGAGCUAAGCGCAACGGAGCAGCUGAAUGAGUGGUAUACGGCAUAUUGCAAGUCGAGAGGCUUUGAGAUGCCAAAAGAGCUGCCCACUGGCCAUCGCGUUGAUGGCAGAGAGCUGUUUGGCAUCAUGAUGAGGCAAAGCACGAAGCCUGAUGAGAAGGUUGUCAAGGCAAUACAGAGAUUACGUGAGACGAAGAGGUUCAAGAUCGCAGCCUUGACAAACAACUUUGCUCCGCCAACAUCCAUGGCUUCGUCACCCUCUUCACCCUCAUCAUCACGCGCGCCCACCCUCGACGAAGAGCUGCAGCACCUCGGCCUAGCCAAAGACGUCAACUUCAUCCGCUCUCUCUUUGAUGCUUACUACGAGUCAAGCGUCGUCGGCUCCCGCAAGCCAGAGGCAGCCUUCUACGAGUACGCUCUCCGGGAUCAGGGCGUCAACGCGACAGAGACGGUAUUUCUUGAUGACAUAGGGCCCAAUCUGAAGGCGGCACAAAAGAUGGGAAUCAGGACGAUCAGGGUUGAGCUCAAGAGCAGUGUACCGGCGUUGAUGGAGCUGGAGAGGCAUACAGGGUGUCGCUUGAUCGAUGAGGAUGUGAGACAAGAGGAGAAGGGUAGAACAGCAAAGAGUGCGGCGAAGGACACGAAGCUGUAAAGAUGUCAAGACCGGGAGGGAUGGCGGCAGGC